GGAAGAUUAAACGAAAGAAAAGAAAACAAAAGAAGAAAAAACAAACCCUCUAAGACAUUUCUUUUGAUUUGCAUUUUUCCGUUUGAAGCUCUCUCUCCCUCCCUCUUUCGCACACACUUUCCCUCCGUCGUUUCGUUGGCUUCUUCCUCUGCGCGCAUUUCCGCUUUCACAACUAACGAAGCCGCCAGCGAAGCCAUCCUCGAAAGCAGCUGUUGUAAUCCGCCAUGGAUUUCCUCUGGUCCGAGAAUGCGACGCCGCACUCCUCGCACUUCUCCGCCGCGAUCUAUUUCGCCUUCGCCAGUUUCGCGGCCAGGUUCUUCCUUGACAGAUUCGUUUUUCGUAGGUUGUCCAUUAGGAUGUUGACAAAGGGUAAAGCGCCAUCACGUAUUACUAAGGAAAUGCAAGUAAAGAUUGGAAAAUGCUCAGAGUCAAUGUGGAAGUUAACAUAUUAUGCUGCUGUUGAAGCAUUCAUUCUUAAAAUUACCUACAAGGAACCCUGGUUCAGUAAUACGAAAUUAUACUUCAAUGACUGGCCAAAUCAUGAGUUGAAGAGUUCUCUGGUGUUGUACUACAUGUGCCAGUGUGGGUUCUACAUAUAUAGUAUUGCUGCUAUUCUGACAUGGGAGACUAGAAGGAAGGAUUUUUCGGUGAUGUUUACCCACCAUGUAAUUACUGUUUUACUAAUUGGGUGCUCAUAUCUAACGAGUUUUUUUAGGAUUGGCUCCAUAAUCCUCGCCCUUCAUGAUGCAAGUGACGUGUUCAUGGAAGCUGCCAAGGUUUUCAAGUAUUCUGGAAGGGAGUUUGGUGCAAGUGUGUGUUUUGGAUUCUUUGCAGUUUCGUGGCUCAUAUUGCGGCUAAUUUUCUUUCCUUUUUGGGUUAUUAAGGCAACUAGCAUUGAUCUUCAACAGUGCCUAAACCUGUCAGAAGGUUUUGACAUGUUUCUCUACUACGUUUUUAAUACAAUGCUCAUAAUGCUACUCAUCUUCCAUAUAUACUGGUGGAAGCUCAUAUGUGCAAUGAUUUAUAGACAGCUGAAAAAUAGGGGAAAAGUUGGCGAGGAUAUAAGAUCUGAUUCAGACGAUGAUUGAGUUUGGAUAGACGAAGGGUUUUGUUGAGUUUUCUUUGUUCCCGAUGAUUGGUGAUAGCUGCUUUUGACUUGUCUAUAGAUUUUUAGGAGUUCAGUUGGUUAAAACAACCAAUGGAGGAGGGAAUCUGAAGUUUCGUUAGUUUCAAAAUUUUCACCGAUUACCGAGUAAAAAGGGAGUAGGCAACCGUCAAAGCAUAUUUUGAUUCUUAUAUUUUUGCUGUAUAAAUAUGAUAGGCAUUCCUGUAUAAUUGUUUUUCUAAACCAACCCGUUUAGGUAACUAGGAGUUGAAUGAUAAUUAGCUUAUAAA